UGAUAUAUAUUUUAUUACACAUCUCUUCCAGUCUUUCACUCUUUGUCCCUCUCUCUUUCUCUACUACUCUUGUCUCCUUUGUUCCGGCGAUGUUCCAACACGCGCCUUCUUCCAUUUCCCUCAUCGUCUUCUUCUUCACCAUUCUAUCACCCGUUUCACCAAACCAAGAACCGGUCACAGUCCAGCCAUUCCGGGUCAAAUCAUCCCCACCCGCAACCAUUCCCGCUUUCCCGGAGCAAUCCGAUUUCUUCGGCUGUCCACUUGAUUUACCAGAAGACCUCUUCCACGGCAUCAAAUCAGCUUGUAGCGGUAAAAAGCUCCACAAAGGACGAUGUUGCCCCGUACUAGGCGCGUGGCUCUACUCUGCUUACUCAACCACAGCUCUGAGCCGUUCGAUUUCCGCCGCCGCCAGAAACGCAUCCUCCUCCUCCGCCGCGAUAACGACGCCUGAAGAAGAUAUGCCUUUGCUUCCUGAUGACUCUGAGACUUGCGUUGACGGAUUGGGGAAAUCGCUGAGACAGAGAGGGAUUGAGCUCACGAGACCGAACGAGACGUGCGACGUCGUUUACUGCUACUGUGGAAUCAGAUUGCAUCCGUUGAGCUGUUCCGAGGCUUUUAGAGUGAACGAAGAAGGGAGACUCGUUGGAGACGAGAGGGUUGAUAGAUUAGAGACUGAUUGUUUAAGUGGAAGCCACAACAAUGCUGAUAGAUUCUCACCUCUACUUGGUUGCAACAAGUGCUUGAACAGUCUCUAUAAGCUAAACCCAAAGAAAACUUCAGGGACAAGAAACCCAUCAAAGGAAGACCGAAACAGAACAGCGAAGAUGCAUAACAAAGACUGUGUCCUCAUGGGUCUUACUUGGCUUCUCGCUAAGAACCGUACUGCUUACUUUCCAACUGUAACUUCCGUCCUCCGAGCCGUCAUGCUCAACCAUGAUGGCGUGCCACGUUCAUGUGCUCUCGGCAGCGACGGCAUGCCCUUAGCCGUCGACUCUUCGGAAUUCUCCAACGGUUCGCCAACUUCACUUCAGUAUUGGCACCACUUUUUACUAUACAGCGUCAUCACAUUAGUCCUACUGUGACGUGGCACACCGUGGUUGGAUUUGAUUGUGAUGUGGAGCACGUGGCAUGACGUGAUUGGUUGAGAGAAGUGAAAUUCAGAUAGAGAGAAAGAGAGAGGUCUUGGUUCUGUCUUUGUAAAUUAGUUUUUUGUUGUCGUUGUUGUAGUAGCCAUGUUCUUUAACAUUAUUACAUCAAAAAAAAAAAAUCGUAUUGUUUUUUUGUCAAUUAAA